GACGCACACGCAUCACAAACACUGGGGCAGUGCUGACAGAAAGAGAGGGGGGAGAAAGGGAGACAGGGACAGGAGAGUGUUAAGAGUGGAGUAGUGAGGAGCAGAGAGUGAGACAUUACGCAGGGCUCCUGUGAAGAGGACUCACUUUUGGCUGAAUGAAAACUUUCUAGGGAAGACAGACAGGAAGUCCUGGGGUGUUAGUUUAAACACAAAAACGUCUGAUUGACCUUUGAUCCACUUUAUAAAGAAACUUAUCUGAACAUGAUGGAUGGAGAAUCACCCAACCAGGAGACAUCUGAGACUACAGAGACGACUAAUCAGACUGACACCAACAACAACAGCAACCAGGCAGAUGAGCCAGGGCUGGAGGAGAAUAAAGACACAGGGACAGGGCACUCAGAGGGGGAGACAGCAGAAAGUCAGGGGGAAGUGGAAGCAGGGGAGCAGGGGGAGGAGAAGACAGCGCCACAACAGGGAGAAGGGGAGGAGGUAAAUGCUGGAGAUACAAACAAGCCCCAGACUGCAUUGGAGCCUGUUGGAGGUGACGCUGAAGAGGCUGGAGAAGAUCAAGACAAAGAAUCUACUGAUGUAAAGGAUCCUGGACCGAUAAAUGGGGGAAAAGAAGGCAAGAAAGAGGUGGUGGAAGACGGGAAAGGAGGGCAGGCGGAGGAAGUCGAGACUGGGAAAGAUGGAGAGGGGGUAAAGGACGAAGCCAAAGUUGAAGAGAGGAGCAAAACUGGAAAGGCAAAGGAAGAAGAGAAAGAUGUGAGCGGAGAAGUGGCAAAGGGGGCAGAAAAGAAAAAAGAAGCAGACGUAGAGAUGAAAGACAAAGGAAAAGCAAAGGAGGUAGAAAAGCAAGGGAAGCCCAAAAGAAAGAGUGGUCCUCCCUCCUCUUCUCUCUCCCGGCCAAGACCCUCUGCACGCUCCAUCAGAGCAGCUGCUAAAAACGACAUUAUUGCCAAGUUUCAACAAGGUGCACCAGAGACACCAAUACCCCGCAACUUCAAAAUCCAGAGGUCAUCUGCAGCUGUGGCCACAGGAGCUUCAAUCAAACAGAAGAUUCUUCACUGGUGUCGCAACAAAACUCGAAACUAUGAGGGCAUCAACAUAGAAAACUUUUCAUCGUCCUGGUGUGACGGGAUGGCGUUCUGUGCUCUGAUUCAUCGUUUCUUCCCAGACGCUUUUGACUACAGCUCCCUGAGUCCGGAGGAGAGGGAGAAAAACUUUACUCUGGCCUUCAAAACUGCAGAGUCCCUGGCUGACUGCUGCCCUCUGCUGGAAGUGUCUGACAUGAUCAUGAUGGGUAACAACCCAGACCCCAUGUGUGUGUUCACGUACGUCCAGUCCCUCUGCCACAGCCUGUCCAAGAUAGAGAAAGAGAGGAAGGAAAAAGAAAAGGAGGAGAAAGAGAAGUCCAGUAAGGAGGGAGAAGAGAAAGAUAAAGGAGAGCCGUCGACAGAGAGGGAUGAGGAGGAAUCUGCUGAGGACGGGACGACAGAUGGCCAAGAGGAGAAGGAGGAAGAGCCAGAGGGAACCGGUGAGGAGGAAGAUGCACCAAAGAGCUGUGAGAUGGAGGAAGGUGGAGGAGUGUUAGUCGAGGCAGAGUCGUAGAAAAAUAUUGACAGCACGCUGAAAGACUGAAAAGACCAAAAAGAUUGUUGAUGGUUGUGGUACUACAAUGAGCAAGUCUUAGUUUGGUGUUGGACUGACUGCUGUCAGGGUCAAAAGGCACAACAGGUCGACUCUCAACUCAAAUACUGGUAAUGUGAUGUUACAGUUAGCUGUUUGAAAGUGGUGUGUUUUGUUUGUUUUUUAAUUGACUGCCAUGUUUUCUUUGAGCACAUAAUGCAGAAAAUUAUAAUAUUCUAUUUGUUGUGUGUUUAUACAAAGUCAGAAAUUAAAUAAUGGACUUAUGAAUUUUAAUGUUUUUGUGCAACAAUAAAAUCUUUGUGUUAAAGGGAAAUGUGAUGCUCAGCCAAGAUGAAUGAAUUAUGACAACAAUCUAUCAAUCAUCUAUCAAUAAUAAACCACUUGAUGCAUGUUG